CCUAGUGAAAACUGCGGGCUUCGCGCUGGGUGCAGCAACUGGAGGCGUUGGCGCACCAGGAGGAGGCUGCAGCUAGGGGAGUCCAGAAUCCAGGACGGAACUCUUGGAGCCAUGAAUCCAGCCAUCAGCAUCGCUCUCCUGUUUUCAGUCUUGCAGAUGUCCCGAGGGCAGAAGGUGACCAGCCUGACAGCCUGCCUGGUGAACCAGAGCCUUCGCCUGGACUGCCGUCAUGAGAACAAUACCCACUUGCCCAUCCAGCACGAGUUCAGCCUGACCCGAGAGAAGAAGAAGCACGUGCUCUCAGGCACCCUCGGGGUACCCGAGCACACGUACCGCUCCCGGAUCACUCUCACCAAGGAUCGCUAUAUCAAGGUCCUUACCCUAGCCAACUUCACCACCAAGGAUGAGGGGGAGUACUCUUGUGAGCUUCGAGUCUCGGGCCCAAAUCCCACAAGCUUCAAUAAAACUCUCCAUGUGUAUAGAGACAAGCUGGUCAAGUGUGGUGGCAUAAGCCUGCUGGUUCAGAACACUUCAUGGAUACUGCUCCUCCUGCUUUCCCUCUCCCUCCUCCAAGCCAUGGAUUUCAUUUCUCUGUGACUGGUUGGGCCCAAGGAGAAACAGGAAACCUUGAGGUCCACUGCAGAGGUCUUGCUUCUCCAGGUCAGCUGACUCCCUCCCCAAGUCCUUCAAAUAUCUCGAAACAUGGGGAGAAAUGGGGACCCUGUCCCUCCUGAGGAACCCCAGUGCUGCAUGCCAUCACCUCCCCAACCCCUCCCCACCCCUGCCACCUCACCCUCGAUGCAUACCAUUAGCUGUCAUUUUGUACUCCGUAUUCCAGGGCUGCUUCUGAUUAUUGAGUUUGUUCUUCCCUGGAGGACCUGAUAGAAAGAACAUAAGGGCGUACGAUGGGUAGGGGAGGCAGGAUAUCAGUCCCUGGGGCAAGUUCCUCCUUGCCAACCAAGCCAGAUGCCUGAAAGAGAUACGGAUGAGGGAAGUUAGACUGUGUCUGUGCCUGGUACAGUCAUACUCUGUUGAAAGAAUCACCCAAUGGGCAGGGAGGGGGGCCUCAAGAUAGGAGAUCACUGCUGAGCCUUUGGGGACCAUCCAAUGAGGAAGAGAACUUAGAUUCUACCUGGUCAUUCUCAGCUGCCACUCACACGCCCCCUCCCAUCACUGAAGAAGCAAGCCCCCUAUGGCUCUUGGGCCAGGGCACACUCAGUAAAGACACAGGUUCAGCCAGGGAAUGUUGGGGGAAAGGGGUAGGAGGUUGAGGAGGGAUCACCCUUCCUCUAAAACAUGAGCCUGCUGUCUCUAAAGGCCACUGCCUAUAGUGAAGGUGUCAGAAGACGACGAAUCCCCCUUCUUUACUCCCAAGGAGCCAGAACUCUGACCCCAGGAUCUAAGCCAGUGCAGGAAGGGGAUCCUAGAACCAUCCAGUUGGACCCAGCUUGCUAAGGGAGAUUCUUUGUUGUUCUUCCCCUUGCCCCUCUGUGCCAGUCCCUCUUGCUGUCCCUGAUCCCCCAGACGGCCAGAGUCUUGCAACCUGCCUCUUACAGGACCUCGUAAUCUUGGGGGCAGGUGGUGGAGUGAGAUCCAGGGUGCAUACUUUUUGGAAGAUAGCUUUUCCAAGCAUCCUCUUCCCCACUGGCAGCUCUGCCUGUCCCAUCACUGUGUGUAAUACUACCACAGCUUACAGCGUCUCACCGAGGGAAAAAAAAAAAAAAACGCACAAUAAAACCAAGCCUCUGGAGUCUG